CCCUAGCCCACGCGCAACAGGGCAACGACGACCGCCCACGGCGCCUCCCCGAGUGCGGCUGCUCUGCGGUCGCGCGCCUGCCGUUGAUACUGUAGUCGCUUCUGCUGCGGCUGCUGUUGCUGCUGCUGCCACCGCCGCCGCCGCCGCCCGCCGGUCUUGUUGCCGCCACCGCCGUUGCCCACUUUCAACUCGCCUCGCCUCACGAUCCCAGCACGAGCCUCCGUUCCCGGCGCACGCUGCGAGGCUCUUCUCCUUCUCCUCAUCCUUCGCUCCGUCCCCCGUCUCCAUCCCCGUCCAUCGCCGCCGUCGCCUCACUCCCGAGCUCUUACCUCUCCUCGGCGUCCACUCCGCUCCCCUCUGGCCCUCCGAGUCGACGCUCACGCUCACAUCUCUGCCCGCCAAGCUGAGCCUCAGACGGAAAACCCACCACCCGUCCCUCCCCGCGGAUUCAGUUGAGCACCCCCCCAAGGCUUUUGCUGCGGUGAUUCGGUACCCCUCCCCGUGGACUAGCAGAAAUGCGUCAAGAGGCGGUAUUGUGCACAGGAGAAUCCGUCUAGGCUGUCCAUUGUCACCAUCCCCUCACGCUCCUUUGCCGAGAUUUUGCUAUCCUCACGACCGAGGGUGGCGCUCAAGAGACUCACUGGGGUGCCACAUCACCCGACGUUCUUGUCUUCUACCUUCUUUCGCGCUUCUAGGCCGUUGGACGACUGCCAACAACACUCACCAUGGACGGCUCCCAUUUGCCAUUUGACGCCCACAUGGGCGCGUCGUCUUCUUCGGCAGCCGGCAUGGCGUCUCUCUCGCUCGAUUUUGACGCGUUCAUGGCCACCGAUCACUCCUCCUCACAAGGGCUUGAGUCUCUCGAGGCCUGCAUACACGACGACUCCUGCCUCGACCACCACCACCAUUUUCGUCAGCCAAAAGCUGGCAGUAAGCUCAAUAGUAGCUUUGCCCAGCCGUAUCCAGCCGGCGCGCCUGUGUCGGCCGGCAGAGGCUAUGGUCAGUCUGCGCAACAACGUAUUUCGGCGACGGCACCCACCUCACCUGCUCUGGACAAUGGCCAGACGUACACCUGGGAAGCCCUCUUCAACGACCAUGCGCUGGACAGUGCCGCCUUGCACUCCGACAAUCUUGGCUUCUGUCACGAUGAUGACUGUGCCUCUGAGUGCAGCUCUGCAUGCGAAGGGAGCUGCCCUAGUCAAUGCGGAGACACUGGCCACGGCGUCUGCUGUGACGAUGAUGCCUGUGGCAGUCCCAACCUGUGUCUUGACGAGGCAUGUCAAGGCGCCAGCCAUCCCUGCAACGACGAGACUUGUCUGGCCGACACUGUCAGUGAAGCACCUUCUCAAGCAAAGACUGUCUUAACGGACGGCGACAAGGCCGCCGCUGCUGCCCUGACUUCCUUUGGGGACAACCAGCUCCAGAUGAUGCAGGACGCUCAAGCUGGCUUUAUACAAGCCUCGCCUACGGCGCCGCCGCCGACUCCGGACGGGCACAUGUCUUUUAUGAAUUUCCCUCAAUCCCUGCCCUGUGGGAGUCUCUCACUAGACUCCAUGUACCCCAGCACCUCGCCUGGCUUUUCACAUCAGCAGUUCCAUAUGGCCUUUGAGUUUGCUCUUGCGAAUCACAUCAUGCAGUAUCACGACCCGUCACGCGGCAUGGCACACGCAGGUAACUGCGUCGCAAAUGACCCAGGCCAGUUCAUCUCCAAAUGCACGCUGCCAAAAUUCAGCCCCAACGACAACAUUACCGACCCCUAUCUCUCACAGCUUCAAGGUGGUCAUGAAUGCGGCUUCCAGGUUCAGGACCCCAAUGCGUUUGCGCAUCACAUCUUUGAAGAGCACAGGCCGGCACUCAUGCUCCAUGCUCAACAUUUUCGACAACCCGAAGCGCCUCAAUCUAACAUUCAUAUGCAACACGGCGCCGCCCACAACCAUGGCUCACACGCUGGGCCCCAGGCCGGCAGUCAAAUGAUUCAAGGCAAAGCUUUCUCACCAUCGCCGUCACCGCUAGUGACCCUCUCUAUGGGCCCGUCUCUCUCAACGACACCGUCAUCGUCGCUCGCCACCCCUUCGCCCCUUGAGUCGGAAACUGGCUUGACUGAACCGAGCUCUAACGCAACAUCUAAGAGCCCUCAUACUGAGUCGAAGCCACUCAUCCUGACCGAGGAGGAUCAGUUCAGGUGUCGAUGGGUCAUGGGUCAUGGUAGCGGUAUCUGUGGCCUGCGCUUCGAAAACGACGAAGAGCUUCAGAAGCACUGUAAGCUGGACCAUCUAAAGCCACUAAAGAAGGUCCGUGGUGGCUUCAGGUGCGGUUGGGAAGGCUGCACGAGGGACACAUGCUUCACCCAGAGGAGCAAGGUGGAGCGCCACAUGCAGGUGCACACCGGAUACAAACCGGUUCAAUGCACCAUCUGCGGCGCAGCUUUGUCUGCAAAGCAGGCCCUUGACCAACAUAUGAGGAUACACACGGGCGAGACGCCUUGGGUUUGCAAGUACCCCGGCUGCGGCUGUGCCUUUAAGCAGCAAAGUGCCCUAACCAUGCAUGAGCGGACGCACACUGGAGACAAGCCCUUGGAGUGUGAGAUUUGCGGCAAGAGGUUCAGUGAAUCCUCCAAUUUGUCCAAGCACCGCCGCACACACAAUGUCAAAGGCAUGCAUGAGUGCCAGCUCUGUGGCAAGGACUUUCAUAGACUGGACCAGCUCCGCCGACACAUGGGCACCAACCACAAGGAUAGACCAGCCGAGGUGGAUGCUCUUUUGAGCAAGGCGAAGAGCAAAAUGCAGGCACAGAAAGUAACCAAGCCGGCGAGGAAAACGAAGGGCAAGGUCGACGCAGACGGCCUGAGCGCCGAUGCGCUCGAAUUGAUUGGAGAUCACCUCGAGGGCGUUGUUAUCGCUCAAGAGUCAUGAUGGGGCUGGAGAGGAGGAGAUGAAUCGGGCAUGCAUUUUGGGCUUUCAUGAGCACUGGCUAUGGUGAAAGCGUCAUCUCAGACGGAGGCAUGGAGUGAGAGACGACCAAGGCGUUGAGGAUACCCCGGAGGCACACAAUGGUGGUGAUAUAAAAGCAAGGCUGAGUGCAUGAUUUGUACAUUUGGAUCCUUUCGAACCGAGUAUGUCGGACACGCUCCGAACGAUGAGCUGCGGUAUGAGAGGCACGAGCAAUAUAAGCAUGAAGCAUGUGAUCGAG